AUGUCCUCAAUCAAAGUAGCACUUGCAGGUGCCACGGGCAACCUCGGUGUCCCUGUGCUCGAAGCUCUCCUGAACGCAGAUGUUUCUGUGACCGUUCUCUCACGUCGAGGGGGAAACUCGUCCAAGUUGUCGCCGCAUCCAAACCUCACAAUACGGGAAGUCGACUUCGACUCCACCGAGUCCCUGACGGCAGCACUGCAUGGAGCUGGAGUUGAAGUUGUCAUUUCCUGCCUCGCCACCCUAGCCAUAGGCAGUCAAAAUCCUUUGAUCGAUGCCUGUGUCAAGGCGGGCGUCAAGCGCUUCAUUCCCGCGGAAUUCGGCAUGGACUCAAUGAACACACUCUGCACACAAUUGCCUGUCUGCACACCCAAAGUGGCAACACAGAAGUAUCUUCGCGAGAAGACGGAGGCAAACCCAGGUUUCUCUUGGACAGGCAUCGCGAACGGACUGUUCCUCGACUGGGGCCUGCAGGUGGGCUUCAUCGUUAACCCGGCCAAACACACUGCAACGCUGUAUAAUGGUGGCGAUGUCCCUUUCAGUACCACAAAUCUGGCUGAUGUGGCCAAGGCAAUAUUGGGCGUCAUACACAACCAAGAGGAAACCGCAAAUCGUCUGGUUUAUGUUCAUUCGACGACGACCACACAAAACAAGUUAAUCCAGUACGCCAAGGAUAAAGAUGGCGCGGAGUGGGAUACCCGGGUCAAAGAUACCGAGGAGAUCAGGCAGGAAAGUAUGGCGGCAUUGGACAAAGGGGAGAUCAUGACCGCCAUGGAUGGGUUUUGUGUAACCGCUUCUUUCAACCCCGAAUACGGCUGUGAUUUUUCGAGUCACCUAGACAACGAGCUGUUGGGCGUGCAGAUGUUGGAUGAGGCUGGUGUGAGGUCGGUGCUGGAAAGCUGUUUGCAAUGA